UGUUAAAGUGUGAAUUCUCCCUUACAUUUCGACUUAACCUAACUCGGUUUCGCGCUCAUCGAAACAUUUAGUCGUUUGUAAAAAGUGCAUGUUUUUUCGGUAAUUCUGUCUGGAUACGAAGUAAAAUGAAUUUUAAAACUAAUCAGAAAAUAAUGUGGACUAUGCUGGAGCUGCAUGGACUUUUGGAAGCCGAUGAUUCUUGUGUGCAUUUCAAGAAUACCAAGAAGCAUCUUGCGUUACAUCCAUUCCAUUUAAAAGACCUGCAGCGAGCUUUAAAUGAGAUUCUGAUGUCUAUGAUAAAUACUUACGAUACAGAACUGAAAGGAUUUCUACUAUCAUACAAGAAACCUAAAUUACUGAGUAAUCUUGGAAGGAUAUUCUACGACAGCUGUUUCAUUCAUGUUGACAUCGAAGCAGACUUUUAUCUGUUCUGCCCAAAAGUUGGAUGUUCUCUAAAAGGCAUAGUGAACAAAAAGGGAUUGGAUCAUAUUGUAUUACUGAUACACAAAGUAUUCACCGUUACUAUUCCAAAACCAGAUAACGAGGAAGAGGAAUGGCUAGGUAACACUGUGGAAAUUGGUCAGGAAGUAAAAUGUUGUGUGACUCAUAUAGACAGAAGUACCAAACUUCCCUCCAUCUGUGCCACUUUAAAUACCGAUUAUUUGCAAGGCUGCAGACUGCCAGAAACAUUUAAUAAUAUAGAUAAUGCAAGCACCAAUGUUAAACUUAAUACGAAUGGCAUUGAGGGGACCACUAAUGGAUUAAAUAUUACUAUAUCGAAGGACAGUGUUGUUUUUAACACAGAAAAUGUCAAAAUAAAAAUUGAAAAUCCCGACCCAGAGGCACAUACAGAGGACAAUAUUGAAUCAAGCUAUCAAUCGCAAAUUAAUAAUGAUGAUACGGACACAUGUAAUAAUUCGAAUUUAAAUGAAUAUACAGAGUCACGUAAGAGAAAGAAAAGGGAAUAUUCUGAAACAGACACUUCAACUUACGAGCCAGAGAGGAAAAAGAAAAAGAAACAUUCAAAAAAAUCUAGAGAAUCUGACUUAGAAUCGAUGCAUAUGACAGUGAAUGAGGAAAAUAUAAUUAAUGACACCGCAAAUAUUGGACAUCACAUAAAAUGCACAAAAGAGGAACAACAGGAUAAUAAAAAACGUAAAGAAGAAGAACAACAGGAUAACAAAAAACGUAAAGUAGAAGAACAACAGGAUAACAAAAAACGUAAAAAGAGUAAGAAAAUGAUUGUGGUAAUGUCUGAUUCGGAACCAGAAGAUCACAUUGUUAAAAUUAAAGAGGAAAAACCUGAUCCAAUUAUUGACAAAAUAAUCGGCAAAAGUUUGAAAAAUCACAAGCCAUCCAGUUACGAGGUUAUAAACACACCAAAUUUAGAUGAGCAUAUGGAAACAGACGUAUAUAUAAAAACAGAAGAUUCCGAUAAAGAGAAAAAGAAGAAAUCAAAGAAACGCCAGAAAACGUCAAGAAACACAGAUUCGGAAUCUGAGUUUAGAAUUAAAAGUGAAAAUAAGAUAAUCAAUAAUAUUUCCAAAACGAACAAAUACAAUGAUGAAGAUGUAAAAGAUGGAGAGCAGGCCAGGCAUACGAAGUACAAUGCAGUAGAGUCGGAUGUUUCCUCAAAUAUCUCCGAUCCUGACCAUGUAUCUAGAAAACCAAAAAAAAGCAAGAAAUCGUCCAAGGCGUCGCCAGAUUUAAAAUCGAAAUAUCAUGUUAAAAUAAAAGAAGAAGAAGAGGAUUGAUCUGGAUGCUGAACUCAUAUCGUGUAAUAUGCAUAUAGAAUUUUAAAAAAGUGGUAACAUUACAGGGUAAUGUGAAUUCUUUUGAUAUAGCAAGGCAACAAUUUAUAAAAAUCUUCCCUUUAUCUGUCGCAGUUGUAACGCAACUUUGCAAUGAUUGUGCACAAAACAUUCACUAUUUCUACUCCAAGACCGGAUAAAGAAUAGAAAUGGCUAGGAGACACUAUGGAUGUUGGUCAAAAAGUCAAGUGACUCACAUAAACGGAAAUACCAAACUGUUGGCUGUACAAAACAAUAAUAUCGAUAACAAGGAUAACAUUAUUAAAAUUAACAACUUGACACUAAGGAGAUGGCAGAUAGAUCGAACAACUGCAUCCAAGAAUGGUCCUAAUUUCAACAGAAACUCACGUCAAUAUGAGAAUCGAGAAAAACCUGAUUCAGAUGCAGAUAGAAAAAUUCAUAGUAACGUAAUGUAUACGUUAUUGCAAAUAAAAUAUGUAGUAAUAACAACAAUAUGAAAGAACCGCAGUACGUAGACGUGUUAAUAAUAGUUAACAAUAGUUAACAGUUAACAAUCCGAGCUUUAAACGCCCGUACAAGCCCGACUUGCAGAAACACGACAAUUACAACGUGUACAUAAAAAUUAAUUUGUAAUGAUGUUACAAAUAAUGCAUUUUUUUCAAUUCUGUUUUAUUUUAACAUCGGGCCAUAAGUUACACUAGGAUGCGUAAUGUUAUUCACAUUAUAUUCCUUACUGUGUAUGUCAUAUUCUCUAUAUAUUUCUCGAUGUUAUAUUUUCAUAAGUUUAAACUGUACAUUACGUGAAAGUGAAACUCGUAAAAUCGCUAAACGGUAUUCGAACCGUAUAAAUCGAUUGUAAAGCGAAAUACAAAUUUAAAAUAGGACUUCAACUAUACAUGUACAGACACUAUACAUGUACACUAUACUAUACAUGUUGUUUUCCUAUUUUGUAAUACAAAUAAAAUGUACAUAAUCCAGAGAUCGAUCGGUGUGCGUGACAGGCAGAAGUUACCCUUUGUACAUUCUGUGAAUUAAAAGAUUUUAUUUUCAAGUCCAUUCAUGUGUAUAUAAUUUAUAACUGUUCUUUUUUUAGCGUUCCGUUGGCAAUUGACGAUCGUAUUUCCGCUAUAUUUCAAGAGAAAGACAAGACAUAUAGAUCCAUAUUCUUACUACUUAUCGAUAAAAAUGGCUGAAGAACCAUCUGAUUAGCUGAGAAGCCAUUCAAGGCACUUUUAUCGAUAAAAGUGAAUUCAGAAUACGGACCGAUAGAUUCUGUGAGGACAGCUGAUCGUUUUCUGCUACUUUCG